AUGGAUUACAGUGAUGAUAAUUACACAUUUCCUGAUGAUAAUAACACAUUUCCUGAGAUUAUUGAGUCUGUGACUCCUGAGAUUCAGCCGAUCCAGAUAGUGGCUCUGGUCAUGUACAGCCUUGUGGUCCUGCUGGGUGUGCCUGGAAAUGCUGUGGUGGUGUGGGUGACGGGGUUCUGCAUGUCCCGCUCUGUCACCUCCCUCUGGUUCCUCAACCUCGCUCUGGCUGAUCUUCUGUGCUGCCUCUCCAUCCCCUUGCUUAUGGUCCCUUUGGUCCAUGACGAUCACUGGCACUUCGGUCCGCUGGCCUGCAUGCUCAUCAGAGGCCUGUUUUACCUGGUGAUGUACUGCAGCAUCCUGCAGCUGGUUGUGAUCAGCGUGGAUCGUUUGUUGCUGGUCAUUAGACCCAUCUGGUGUCAGAACCACAGGCGCCCCAAACAGGGUGCUUAUGGAUGUGUUGCUGUGUGGGUCCUGGCCCUGAUAGGCAGUAUCCCACAGUUUGUGUACGCCAAGCAGAUUGUGGCAGGUGACGAGAAGAGAGAGUGUAGGAUGGAGUACACUGUAGACAGUGCCUGGCCUAUCUCUGCUUUUCGCUUCCUGAUUGGAUUCAUUAUUCCUUUCCUGGUUAUUCUAGUUUGUCACUUGGUGGUUUUCAGCAAGACACAGAGGAGAAUGACACGUAGUCGGACUGGAUCCAAGAAAACCCUGAGGGUCGUCAUCGCUGUGGUGCUGAGCUUCUUCUUGUGCUGGAUACCUUUGCACAUUGUGGUUUUCCUCAUGCUGACCACCUCUCGGGUUUCCUCUGCGAGCCCCAAACUUCACCUGGCACAUGUUGUAGCGCUCUUCCUGGCUUACUUCAACAGCUGCCUCAACCCUCUGCUCUAUGUGUGUCUGGGUCAAAGCUUCAAAGACAGCAUGAACCGCUCCCUGCGUAACAUCCUCCACUUUAUCAGCGAGGAUCCGACUACCAAGAAGAGUAUCACUAAUGUGGACACCAAGAGCACCAGUAAUGGCAAGGAGAUGACAACAAUAUGA